GCCAUUUCUUUGUGUCCUUCACUGCCCCUUUUCUUUCCUUGUUGUGUUUGCCCACGUUUUCUUUUAAUUUCUUUAAACCCAUAUUUUUUUUUUCUUCCAUUGCUGUUCUAUUACCAAACGUCUCAAGAAAUCUAGCUAGCUGACUAGUACUCCUUCCUUAUCUUCACACCUAGAUAUUUAUGUAUAUAUGCUUAUAUUCUCUAGUUUCAGGCGUUUCCCCAGCAAGAUCCUUGAUUCCUUGCAAUCUUUAGUAGUAUUAUUAUUUUUCUCCUUGAAGCCCUGAUUUUUGUUGGUGGAUUUGGUUUAUCUUGAUGGGUAAUUGCUUUGGUUCUUCAGCGAGAGUUGAUGCCACUCUGAGCUCCCACGCCCCUUCUGUAGCUUCUGAAGCCUCGAAAGUUCCCAGCAAAGCGAGCAGCUUUUCUGUUCCUUCUACCUUAAGUAUUCCGUCUUAUAGUAGAAGAAGCAGUGUGGACAGCUUUCCUACACCGCGAUCUGAAGGCGAAAUAUUACCGUCCCCUAAUGUUAAACCCUUCACAUUUCACGAGCUCAAGAGUGCGACCCGAAACUUUAGACCCGAUAGUCUUCUAGGGGAAGGAGGGUUCGGUUAUGUUUUCAAAGGAUGGAUUGACGAGCAUUCUCUUACCCCUACAAGACCCGGAUUCGGGAUGGUCAUCGCGGUGAAAAAGUUGAAACCGGAAGGUUUUCAGGGUCAUAAAGAAUGGCUGACCGAAGUUAAUUAUCUCGGGCAACUUCAUCAUCCAAACCUCGUUAAACUUAUUGGAUACUCCUCGGAUGGUGACAACCGGCUCUUGGUGUACGAGUUCAUGCCUAAAGGCAGCUUGGAAAAUCAUCUUUUUAGAAGAGGGUCGCAGCCUCUGACUUGGGCUACGAGGAUCAAGGUAGCUAUCGGUGCUGCAAGAGGGCUUGCGUUCUUGCACGAUGCUAAAGAACCAGUUAUAUAUCGCGAUUUCAAGGCAUCUAACAUUCUUUUAGACGCGGAAUUUAAUGCCAAGUUGUCGGAUUUCGGUUUGGCUAAGGCGGGGCCCACUGGCGACCGCACUCACGUGUCUACGCAAGUAGUGGGCACGCACGGCUACGCAGCGCCCGAAUACGUCGCUACGGGCCGGUUGACUGCGAAGAGCGACGUUUACAGCUUCGGGGUCGUGCUGCUCGAGCUACUAUCCGGGCGUCGUGCCGUUGACAAAACGAAGCUCGGUGUGGAGCAGCAUCUCGUGGAUUGGGCAAAACCGUAUUUGGGCGACAAGCGGAGGCUAUUCCGGAUUAUGGACACGAAACUCGAGGGCCAGUACCCUCAGAAAGGCGCACUCAAAGCCGCAAACCUCGCCCUGCAAUGUCUGAGCACCGAGCACAAACUCAGGCCCCGCAUGUCCGAAGUUCUGGCCGAGCUCGAGCAACUCCAAGCGCCAAAGGGCUCGUCCAAACUCCAGCAGCCCGAGCAUCAAGGCGCUCCUCCCGCCCGCGUUAGAACGGCAGCAGCAGCGGUGAAGCAUCACCACUCCCCUCGGAACACGACGCCCCCCCACCCGUCUCCUCUGCCUUCCCACAAGAAGUCGCCACAAGUAAGAUAAGCGCUAUCCCGCCCCACUAUAGGACAGUUUAGGGCGGGCCUGCGGGUUUUAGUUCACCUUAGACAAGGCAGAGUGAGUUCCUUUUCCCUAACAUUUCCAUGGAAAUUUUGAAGUACUACUUAGAGCCUAGACAAGUUCAUUGAAACAUUGGAUUGGACAAGGUUGUACUUGGAUGUCUGGAUGGUAGUUGGGCUUAGAGAAUCUGCAUUCUGUUUUUGCUUUGAUCCACAGAAACUAGAGCCCAACUUGUAUUGUGUGUGUGUAUAUAUAUAUUCUCAUAGUUCCUACUUUU